AUGACUGUCACGUUACCGUACGAGGUUCUCAGGGCGGUUCUGGACGUGUAUGCAGACGAUGGCGCAACACUCCAUUCAUGCAUUCUAAUCAACAAAAAUUGGUUUGCGAUAGCCAUUCAGUAUCUCUGGGCCAAGCCUUUUAAUUUAAUGUGCAAGAACGCUCGAUCGUACAAGAAAUCAGAUAGAUCUAAGCGAGCAGCAAAUCUCUUGCAAUCGUUUGUCGAAUGCAUUACCACCUUUGAUGCCGUUUUCGAGAAAAUGUGCUUGCACAAUAAAGAAUCAAACAAGAAAUCGCCAUUGGAUUAUAGCGAGUAUGUCAAAGAGUUGAACUGGACCGAUGUUUGCUCGGUGGUCUGGAGCCUGUCCAGACUAGACACGGCCGUAAAUUCAAUACACGCUGACAAGGACUCUAGAGUGGAAUGCAUCACUGCCAAGAUUAUUGCUAUGGCCGUUCAAUAUUGUACCGAGUUGCAAUUUCUUUCUCUUGAACCGAGAGAACUGUCUACUCACAAUUAUUUGCAAAGCUGCUUUGCUUCUAUAAAGAGUUUACCGCGGCUUCGGCACUUUUCCUGGGGCUCCUCAAUGUCAGAAACAGACGCCCUUUGUCAGCUUGCAACAAUAGCACAAAAUUUGGAAUCCGUAACAAUAAAUCAUUGCCAUCAAAACGUAGAGUUCAUAUCGGAGAAUAUCGCGCUGCUGGUACGAUCUCAACACAGGCUCAAGUCUUUUACAGUCAAGCAUGGUGACUUGGAAAUGCAUGCGAUAUUGGAUUUGUUGCAAGUUUGUGCCAACUCUCUCGAAUCCAUCACAUUUAGCGGAGUGGUACUGAGACAAAAUCAAGAAACUGAAUCGGUUCGGUUCCCCAAAUUAAAGUGUAUCAAGAUAGACACGUGUACUCAUAUUUCAAGUAGCAGCUGGGAGCCACUGUUGGCAGCCGAUUUUCCAAAUCUGAGGGAGUUUGUUUGCAAGACGCAUGAUUCAAAGGGCAAAGAAUUUCCAAUACUUGUAGCAAGGCCAUAA